AUGACGUACAUGCUUAUCUACACAAAUCCUACCAAUAAAAAGGAGAACAAAGACAGGUUUUUCACGGUCUGUAAAAAGCCUCUGUUGGUUUCUCCUGCCCUCCCCGAUGCAAAAAUGCUGAAUUUUGUAUUUUUGACUUUGAUCUGUCUCGUAAACCUGCAGCCCUCCUCUUGCCAAGAAGAUAGGAGGAAUGCUAUCAUCUCAUCGAUGGAGAAGGCAGUUAUGUUCCUGGCUGAAAAACAUGACAAAAUUAACGUAGAUGCGGUAUUGGGAUUCUCUGUCUUGGAAGCAUACUCGAAGAUGGUAAUGGAGACAUGGCAACCACAGCUGGGAUUAACCAUCGAGCGACAGAGAAUCCUGGUGAUGAGGGAGAAGCUGUUGACCUUCAUGGAGAAGGCAGCCCAAGAUAUUGAAAAGCAGGAUCCGGUUUCCCACAAAGAGUUUGCUCCAGCUUUAAAACCAGGAUUUUGGAAGGUCCCUCAGGAAUGGAAAAAGAUUAAUGACUCUAUUCCUUAUUCCCCAACAAGUGGGAACUGUCUGGAUUUAAAAACCAGUGAUUUCUGCAUCUCAGCCGUAUUAGGAACACAGGAUUCCGCCGACAAAUGCUGGAUUCCAGAUAAUUGCACCAGUCUCAUGAUAAACACUCAUUGCAACGGCUAUUCGCUCUCCCACCAACUCUUUUACUUUCUAUUUGCCAAGAUGCAAGCAUGCCCUAAUUCGCUCUUCCAAAAUGCCGGGUACUAUGAAAAUGUCUUCUGUGAUUUGAUGAUGCAAACCAAUCGCAAUAUCGAAAAGAACAAUCUGUUCGACACUUUUGGAGACCUCUUUACAGAAAAUAAGUUCCUGGCUCGACCACAUUCUCAACUGGCAGGACCAGAACAAAGGAUGUUUCUGGAUGUACAGAAUUCUUUGAACGAUGACCUCUUGCUGCCCUAUCUCCCUCCCCAGCAUGGCCCACAGCAUCAUCACCGCUACAUCCGAGACUGCCAGGCUCUCCUGCGGGGCAAUGCGACGCAUGAAACCUGGCCCAGCGACAACAGCAGUGCCUCCCCUCUGGCUCUUACACAUACAUUUGUUUCGGACUUCCCCCUGCACCAUCCAAAUGGCCGCCUGGUGUAUGGACACUUGACGAUUGUGCGAGACCCCCUGAGGACUUUUUCUGUCCUAGAGCCCGGAGGACCGGGGGGGUGCCACCUCCACCGCAGAGCUACUGUGGAAGAGACGGUGAGCCGAAGUCAGUGCCUUGUGGCCCAGAAUGGGGGCUUUUUCAAUACAAAGACUGGAGCAUGUUUAGGGAACAUUGUCAGCGAUGGGCAGCUGGUACAAUCUGGUGGAGUGCAGAAUGCUCAGUUUGGUAUCCGGAAAGAUGGCACUUUAGUCUUUGGCUACCUGUCUGAGGAGGAGGUCUUGGCUACGGAGAACCCAUUUGUGCAGCUAGUCAGCGGAGUGGGCUGGAUUCUGCGAGACGGAGAAGUCUACCUGAAUCAGAGCCAGGUGGCAGAAUGCGACAAGACUCAGGAAUCAGGUACCAGGCUGAAGGCGCAACCCUCACCCCCCACUCCACCCCUUGAAGUUUCAGGAGAAUGGGUCUAAACCAGGGGUCCCCAACAGGGGCCAUGGAUCGGCACUGCGCUGCUACAUGCCAGAAACCAGUCCGCGCAAACAAACAAAGCCCCAUCCACAGGAUUCAGGCAGCGCACAAAACCACACCCCUUCCGGUCCGUGGGAAAACUUCUCUCCGUGGAACCAGUUCCUGGUUGGGGGCCAUUGCUCUAAACCACAGGUGUCCUUUGGACUUUCCAGAGUUAGGAUUGAGUGAAGAGGAAUUGCCUUGGGUUUCAUUUAUUUAUUUACAAUUGAAUUUAUAUUGCCGCCUGUUCUCCCGUGGCAAUUGAAGGCGGCUUCCAAAGUAUAAAACCCCAUUUAAAACAGUAAAACUAAUAAAGGGGCUUUCAGACGGCACUUGGCGUUGUACCUGAUGCUCUCGUCCACAGUCCGGUUGAGGCCUUGGUCGCUGCUUGGAACUCAAUAGCGUCGGAGGCUCUCAACCGGAUUGUGCCUUUACGGC